GAAGCAGCAAGUCCUCGCUGCUCGAUUAAUAAAUGCCAGUAACAUAAUACUCCUGUGGAGCCUGUCGAGUUGAAAUGCCAAGGAUCUUCUCUUAUGACCCUUUUACAUCAUUAGAACCUUGUUUUUCUGGUCUUCCAAGUCUUCUUGCGUUCGCACCAAGGAUGCACCUGAUGGAACGCCUUUUUGUCACGCUGCUACACGCAGAUGAGGAUGAUGACCUUCUGCCAUUUCCGCAACUGCAACCCACUCGCAGCUCUUCAAACACUUCAACCUUUUCUCGCUCUCCAAACUCAUUUAACAUGUUCUCUCGUCUCGCAGCCUUUGUCGCCCUUGCCUCCCCUCUUCUUGCGGUCGCCACACCUGCAGUUGUUGCUCGCAACGAGCCCGCCAGCGACUGCAACACCGCUCCCAUCCAAUGCUGCGACACUGUCACCAAGGCCGAUUCCGCCGCCGCGGCUGGUGUGCUUGGCCCCUUGGGCAUUGUCGUCCAAGAUGUCAAUGUUCUUGUCGGCCUCACUUGCUCUCCCAUCUCCGUCAUCGGCGUUGGUAGUGCUGGCUGCAGUGCCUCCCCGGUUUGCUGCCAGGACAACAGUCAUGGCGGCCUCAUCUCCGUCGGCUGCAUCCCUGUUACCUUGUAAAUGAUAAGCUGUGGAUUCCUAUAAGGGGGUGUAGGCGAGACAUUGCGGACAAUGUUAUCAUCAAUAUGCGAUAGGAAGGAACAAUUGCUAUAGUAACGUUUCGAAUACAUGUGUGUUUACGUU